CGUCCGCGUCUUCGACGACUCCCGAAGCACGCGGGAAACGGCACGUUAUCUCUGCAGGUAGAAGGUUGUUUUCGAAUGCACGCGGACGACCGGCCAGCGAACGUUGGAUGUAAUUCACGUGGUGACCACCUGCUAGAAACCAUGUAACGGGAUGCCUCCACGACCGUCCACAGAGGAUAAACGGCGGUGUCUGCUACUGAACAACUGCUUGGUUGUCGUCUGCAGGCGCGUUGACCGCGACUCCAACGAUGAAGACCAUCAGGAGUGCCCCGGUCGUUCGCUGUUUCAAGGAUUUGUGCACGAAAACGCGCAGUGUUUCUGGAACCAGUGUCUUGUGCAGAGUGUCACCUGUUUGGAAUACCGCGGUUACGUGAUUCCAUCGACCAUAUUUGUGUCUGGCACUGCGUAUAGUUUGGAAGUAGUGCGGUCUGCGUGGUCUCGCAGGGUGUUACGACCUCCCAUCGGCUACGAGAUUCAACGACUCGGUGACGUAACGUCGGUCGAGAUGGUGCAGGUCUUGCAGACGCAGUUCGCGCCUUUAGCGGAAGCCCUCUGUAAAGCAGUCUUCGAUGUAACAUCGCGUGGGGACACAGCGACGCUGGAUACCAUAUCCGUCCAACUCAAGUCAGCGUUUCCAGGCAUGGAGAGACCGGGGUCCGACGUCGUCUACAGGGCACUGGGGGCCCUAAUACGCGAAAGGAGGCUCUACCACACGGGGGUUGGCUAUCAGGUGGCGGCCCCAGACACGUUCCUGCAAACGUCGCCCUCUCCUGGACCCACCGAGCGUCCGAUGUUGCUCACGAACGAGGAGGCCAUCACCAAGUUGCACGGCACGCCGUUGGUCUCGAUCCGAGGAUCGCACACGACAGACGUCGACUCUGGCGCGUACGUCAGCACGCUCGAACGGAGCGCCUCCAUGCGACUGCUGCGUUCCAGGGGCCGACUAGUGGACGACACGGGAGAAUCUAGGCUUAGCAGGAGUUGUUCCGUGAGGCUGUCCAGGUCGACCGUGCAGGACUGUUUGGCGACGACGUCGAGGGCUACCACUGUGGAGUGUAACGCUAAACGAGACAAGAGUGGCUCCAUGUUCAGCCGUUGGUUCCGCCGAAGCCGUUCCCAGAAGCGGUCGCACUCUGCAGGACGGACUACAACCAAGAAGCAACUGUCAACGUUCUCUGCGCAGUUUCCUCCGUCGGAAUGGAACGAUCCCGAUUAUGUUCACUUUCACUCGAGAGCCACGCAGACGGUGCAUCCCGACAACAUCACGUACAGCGUCAUAAAGCCGAGGUCGUCCAGCACCACCCGUGUACGUGACCACACUUCCAGCAACAGCGAGACGCCGGACGCCAGUCUCGACCGCCGCUCUCGCAGCUCCAGGAGCUCCUUUCGCAUCCCUCGCAAGUGCGAAGAACCAGUCUCGACCUUCCCAUAUAGACACCGGAGUGCUUCGCCAGCCGCCCGCAAGAAUGGUGGCAACCGUCACACGCUGCCACCACCAGCCCCUACCCGUCGCUUACCAUCCACUUCUGAAGUCCGCACCCCGCCACUUCAACGAAGAAGCUACCGGCACCAACGGGCCCUGCCGCCCGUGCCUUUCCGACCCCCUGAGCGGCUAAAUAACGGCGGUCCACGGCAGGAUGAUCGAUACAAACUCACAAACUUCACCAACAACGCACUUGAACCCGGAAAGAAUAACUACGAGGACUUCCACAACAGGCAGAGAAUGUCUUUACCCGACCCACGGAGAAGCAGCAUAGCGGGGCCGUUCGACGUUGGCAACGCAAAAACAACCAGGGUCUUCCCCUCGCAGCUCAAGAGUGAAAGCUUUAGGAGGGAAACGACAUUCCCGGCGAAAAACUAUCCAGACUACAACAGGCCACCUCACGUCAGUGCUGAAGACCUCAAAAGUAUGCAGAAGGUGGGCGAAAGGCCACGUUCCUUCGCCAGUAUCAAGAACUUGCAGUGUGCUCCUAUGGUCAUCACUAAAGUGGCACCAGCUCCCAGUACAAGGCGAACGACGUUCACGACCAGCGACACAGUCACGCUCAAGAACAUCCAGAACCUCAGCUCGGUUGGGGCGCUCGAUAAGGCAAAACCAUUGGAACACGCCCUCAAUAACUUGCAGACGUCACAACCAACAUCUAACACAACGACGAUUUCAAUCAAACAGACCAAUGCUAAAGUGAGCGAUGCUGACGCUUCUGACGCUGCUAAAAGGCUAGCAACCAACUUGAUCCUCGAAGAAAAGAUAGAGUCUCAAAGGAAGAUAGCCCCCGAACGCACAGUGGGGCCAGCAAAAAGGAUUGUUGAAGAACAGUCUGUGCAAUCGACAGUCGAAUCCACCGGAGGCAAACUUGGAAACUUAAAGAGUACAGUGGACGUCAACAUGGAAGUCGUCCAACAACUUGGCAAUACGAGAACGGUGACGAAUAUUUCAACCUUCUUGUCACGCGGUGGAGCCAAGACGGAGACAACGCAGGAGUCUGGCCAAAAUCCUGUUGUGAUUAGCAAGCCUGUUGUCAUCAAGCCAACUAAACAGUGCAAGAGCACCCGUGGAAGCGACAGUUCUCUGUACUUGCCUUCCCGAACCAAGCUGGCGGAAGCAAAGGCAGCAUUCUUCGCCGAUUCGAGCAACAAAGGAAGCGCUGAUGACAGCGGCUUUAUCUCCACGUCACCACAGCCAGUGCCUGUUUGAGUGUUGCAGUACGUGCAUGUUCUCAUUGUAUCUUCCUUGAGUGACUGUAUGCAAAGUUGAUGUGCAGCUUCAGAAUGUCCUGGUUCAUGUGGCAACCCCUAACGCCACCAGCUGUCGCAGACGUCGGACCACGGACAAAGUUGAGUGCGCAAGCUUCAUGAGGGAAUCCCAAGCCUGCUUAGCACUGCCAAUAGAUAUCUGCAGUUUUCCGAACUCUAUUUCGAGUAAGAGUUACCCCAAAACCAGCUCGACACAUUAAAAAAAAAAAAACAUUCAUGUGAAUGGCAAAGGCGUAUCGCUAAAAGUGAGCAUAAGAUGAGUGUGCGUUCUAAACUCAACAUAAAGUACGUUGCUUAGAGUCACUUUUGUCUCUGAUGUGUGGCUUGAUGAUGUUAGCACUUUGCUGGUGUUGUUGGACCAUGACAACACGCAAAGUGGAGGCAUGCUUUAACCAGCUAGGAGCAUUGGGUCAUUGGCUGUUCUACCUCAGAGCAUCCAACGCUAUGCAAUCCUAGUUAAUUCAUGAAGUCUGCCUUCUCGCACGCCAGUGCUCCCACACUGAUAUAACAGUGAGAAGGCAUUCACUAACGAUACUUAUCAGCCACGUGCACUUACUGUAUGCUCACAUGACUACGGUAGACAGAGACUUAGCAGCCUAGUAUGUACCGGCUGUAUUGACAUACUUUAAACAAUAUCGGUUCACAGACAUUCUCGGAUAGCGGGAACCUGAUACAACUCUUUUUGAUAUUGGACAAUCAUGCUUGAGAGCGUGUACGAGAGAAUUUCGUAUAAUAGCGUUAAUUUUGUGAUGCGCCUUCGAAAUGCUCUGAAAGUAAUUAUUCUAUGAGAAAUGUUCAGUUUGCUAAUGUUCACUUGAACACUUUAGAUCAUUCAAACAGUCUUUCUGAAGAACUGUGUACAAGCUAACAGAAAAAGUUUAGCAACUGAAAACUAUGCUAACGAUGCUCUUAAAUGGCAUAUUUCAAAAUGUGACUUGCAGUUUCGUUUAAAGGCAUCUGUGCAACAGUGCGAGGUUGACCCCUCUUGAACCUGCAACACGCAAAUUCUUACUCCCACCCUUCGCCAUACUGCCAGGCCGUGAAAAAAUAAAGGAAGUGUUGGGGAACCCCACUAACAUAGAAAGAGAAACUUUUACGUCAUACUUAACAAACACUUAAGAAUCAUCUAUUACCACAGAAAAUAAGACACGAAACAGGGUCAUCCAUUUCAGAAGAAUCUACCAUGAGCCGCUUUGAUGUCACUGUAUAUGACAGUGUUGUAUGACUGUAUACAGGUGCCCUCCUAUAUCUGACCGCUUCCCUUCAUUUCAUAAGGAGCUCUUCACUUUCUGGUUCAAUAGCUGUUCAGAGUGCAUUUGCUGCCCCUCUACAUAGUGCAACUCGUUUUGCUUGACAGUUUCGUGAAAGCAAUUCCGUCGAAUAUCGAGUUUACUGAAUGUGGCAACAGCAGUAGACGACUUCAGAUGGUCCCAGAGUUCUUAGCGCCGCUUUGAACGGUGGGAACACACGAUAUCGGAAAGGAGGAGGAUGUCUCCAAACUGUUUCGAUUUCCCCUCUCUCGACCCACUGCCCACUACAUGUCAUGGUCAGCAAAAAUGAAACGUGACAGACCGUUCUCACUUCCCCCAUGACAGUCAGCGCCCAGGAUGCAAGAGGGGUGCAAGGAGCGCUGGGAUUUCCUGAAAUUGUCUACUAACGAAAGGUAGACCUAAAGGAAGGGUAGUUGGGUCCACAAUCUCCAUUCCACACUUGACUUCCCGCAGGGGAUGACAGACGGCGUGCCAAAUGAAAGUGAAAGAGAGCUGAAGUUCCAUGUAAGCAGUUUGUGUUGUGCCAAACUGAGUGACAGUUUGUUGCCCCUACUUACAAGCUAUAUUCCAUAUAUACUCUAUACGACAGGCACGUAUAGAAAAGAGCUCUUCUCUCGGCAUUACAGCCUCCUGUAUCCACCCGACAUGGUGGCUGACAUGUCGAGUAUACGAGGCAUGUUUUCCGUUAUUAAUAUCUACCAUUUCGACCUGUCAUAUCACUAUGACUUUAUGACAUUAUGAUCCAGAUGGAUGUAUUUCUAUACAACAUAUUUUUGUCUGCAAACACACAAUUAUAUAAAUUACAACUUCUUGCCAGAGAUGAAUGAUGUAUAGGUUUAGCCUUGAUGUACAUAAACGUUAUAUGACUUAUAUGACUUUUUCACGGAGCAUGUAGUAUCUGUGAUGGGGAGUUUUGAAGACCAGAUUUAUACAGGCCAGUGCAGCAAGCCUUCAAAACCACUGCUGAAAUAUAUAACAUUUCUAUGUGUGUUGGCACCAGCCCAGUGUUAUUUGACAUAUUUCGUGUUCCUUCUUUUUACGCAGCAAAAAAAGUUUCUCACUGACUUUGAGAACAGGUGAGAGAUGAAGUAACCAAUACGUACUGUUCUGGCUGCAUGAAACGAAUGCAGUAUGCAAUGUACUAUUUUUGUAUGCAGUCUUUACUUUUAUAUAACAUGAGCUGUGUGAGAAAUGUUUUUGAGUAGAGAUUUUGUAAAUAAAAUUAAUGAAUGUCACAGA